CAGAGCCGGUCUGCUAGUGUGCGGACGUCACUCGGAUCCACUUUUACGAGUGGAGAUCGAGUCGAUGGCCAGCACUAGAUUCUGUCUCUGGACGCUGCUUCACCUAUGUGCCGUACACGUAUCAGCCUUGCUGGGUGACUAGCUAGCCAUUUGGCCGGGUAGUGUGUAGCAUGCACUGGGGCAGCCCUUCUAGGGGUUGGUCUGGUAGUGCAUGGGUGUCGCUGGGGUCCACCACUACGGUUGGACCACUAGUUGAUGACCUGCACUCCACACCACCUCUCCUUGAAGGACUCCCAAAGGUUUAUGUCACUGGGGUCCAUCACUACGGACCUAAUAUUAAUGUGGUUUUGAAUUCAAUAGGCUAUAUUUGUAAUAGAUCUAGCAUUUAGUUUCCUAAAAUAUUAGGAUAAUAGUAAUGAAAAUUGAACAGCUUAUCUAAUAUGUACUGAAUAUACUCAUUAUUCUAAUCUCCCCCAUAGGAAAUGUCUUCCGCCUUUGAAAUCGACAUGAACCC